CAACUCUUCAUACAUAUAUAGAUAGAAAUGAAUAAGAAACAAGUUUGUUCAAACCUACAACAACUAUCAAUUCAAUUUAUAGUGUAGCUCAUCGGAGUAGAAAAGAGAGAAAAUGGAUAGUAAGAUUAGAAGUUUGAAACAUCUGUUUGUGACAGUGUUUCUCUCUAAUUUUGCGUUAAAUGUGGUGACUCCAGCAAUGACUGAUAUCACUAUGGACGCACUUUGCCCUUCUCAAGACAAAUGCUCUCUUGCCAUUUAUCUUUCUGGUUUACAGCAGGCUAUUAUGGGGCUUGGAUCAAUGUUGAUGAUGCCACUGAUUGGAAACUUAUCUGAUGUAUAUGGAAGAAAAGCUCUGCUCAUUGUCCCUGUCACUGCUUCCAUUCUUCCUUCUGUAAUAAUGGCAUAUAAGAGGACCACAAACUAUUUCUAUGCCUACUAUGUCGUAAGGACCCUGACUGGCAUGCUCAGCGAUACUGGCAUUCAGUGCCUCCCCAUUGCUUAUGCGGCAGAUUGUAUAUCAGAAGAGAAGCGUGCUUCUGCGAUUGGAGUUGUGGCGGGUGUAGGCUCUGCUGCAUAUUUUUGUGGUACCUUUGCUGUUCGUUUCCUCUCCACUGCUCAAAUAUUUCUGGUGUCAUCCAUUUCUUCAACGGCCGCGGCAGUAUACAUGACAAUAUUUCUAAAGGAGACGACUCGUCAUAUUAAUAUCGACGAAGAUGCUCUCAAUCAACCCAUAUUAGCUAAUGGCGCCGAUGACUCUGAAAGUGACUCCUCAGAGAAAAGGCUGAGUCCUAAAAAUAUUCCAUCAUUUUACCAUAUUAUUAGCUUGCUCAAAAGUAGCACCACACUUUCACUAGCAACAUUAAUUGCAUUCUUGAAUGGUCUUGCUGAGGGUGGAAUACAAACUCCAUUUAUGUACUUCUUAAGGGCUCGAUUUCAAUACAACAAAGACAAUUUUGCUAUUUUAAUGUUGAUUUGCUACGGUGGAGCAACAUUUUCUCAGUUGAUCUUAGUGCCUAAGUUGGCUCCUAUAAUACGAGAAGAGACGAUACUUUCCUUGGCGCUCAUAGCUGGUUUUACCAAUUGUCAGCAAAUAACUAGUAUCUAUAACAAAAAUGGGAGACAAGAAAAAUGAAGAGUCAACAUCGAAUGUCAACUUCGCUUAUGACAAGAAUUAUGUCAAAUGCGAAAUUUGCAGUUGAAAUUUUUGAUGGGUCAGAACAUUUUGGGAUGUGGCAAGCUGAGGUUCUUGAUAUUCUUUUUCAACAAGGGCUAGAUAUUUCCAGAGAAGAAAAGAAACCAGACAAUAUAGGAGAAGAAGAUUGGAAGAUUAUCAACCGCGUUGCUUGUGGUAUCAUUCGAUCUUACCUCGCAAGAGAACAAAAGUAUCCAUACACAAAAAAAACUUCUACAAGUAAAUUGUAGAAUGCAUUGGAGGAUAAAUUCUUGAAGAAAAAUAGUCAAAAUAAAUUUUAUAUAAAAAAAAAAGAUUGUUACGCUUCACGUAUGUUCUUGGUACUACAAUGAAUGAUCAUAUCACCAACUUUAAUAAGUUGGCGACAGAUUUGCAGAAUAUGGAUGUGACUUUUAGUGAUGGAGAUAUUGCCUUAA